AUGUCGGCGAAGCUGCGGGUGGAGGAGCUCCGCGCCGAGCUGCAGCGCCGCGGCCUCGACGCCUCCGGCACCAAGCCGGCGCUGGUGCUAAGGCUGGACGUUGCAAUCCGUGAGGAAGAGAAGGAGGCGGCUUCUGCAGCUGAGAUAUGUAAUGUAGAUGGCAUAGACGGUGUGGUUAUGGAUGGCGAAGCAGAAAGCAAGAGCAAAAGGAAGAGGAAAAGGCAUGGUGAAGGUGAAAAUGAGGAGGAAAAUGACAUUUUGGAUGUGGCAAAGCUACAGAGCAUGGGCUAUCGUGAGCUGCAGGCUUUGGCCAAGGCACGGGGGCUCAAUACUAAUGGGGGCAAGAAGGAUGUUCUACAGAGGUUGCUCUCCAGCCCUGCUACUUCUGUUGUGGAUUGUGGUAUUCAAGACAAGAAGGAAGUAGCAGAAGGUGGUGUUGGGGAGGUUGAAGAGGAGGUGAAAAAGGAGAAGAUUGUCAAAGCCACGAAGAAAGGUGCUGCAGUGCUGGAUGAGCACAUCCCUGACGAUAUAAAAAUGACCUAUCAUGUAUUGCAAGUGGGUAACGAGAUUUAUGAUGCCACCUUGAACCAGACUAAUGUUGGAGACAACAAUAAUAAGUACUAUAUCAUUCAAGCUUUAGAAUCUGAUGCUGGUGGAAGCUUCAUGGUUUUCAAUAGAUGGGGGAGAGUAGGGGCACGAGGUCAACAAAAGCUACAUCCCUGUUCAACACGGGACGAAGCAAUAGACGAGUUUGAGGGAAAGUUUGAGGACAAAACAAAGAACAGUUGGUCUGACCGCAAGAAUUUUGAGUGUUAUGCAAAGAAAUACACAUGGCUUGAAAUGGACUAUGGUGAAGUCGACAAGGAAACAACUCAGGUUCAAAAGAAAGGUUCCAUUACCGAUCAGAUAAAAGAGACAAAGCUUGAAACUCGAACUGCCCAAUUCAUAUCCCUCAUUUGCAACAUAAGUAUGAUGAAGCAGCAAAUGAUGGAAAUUGGUUAUAAUGCUGAUAAACUUCCCCUUGGAAAGCUAAGCAAAUCUACAAUACUUAAGGGCUAUGAUGUUUUGAAGAGGAUUUCCAAUGUUAUUUCAAGGGCAGACAGAAGACAGCUUGAACAAUUGACUGGGGAAUUCUACACCGUGAUUCCUCAUGACUUUGGUUUUAAGAAGAUGCGUGAAUUCCUUAUUGACACUCCUCAGAAAUUAAAAGCUAAGCUGGAAAUGGUUGAAGCCCUUGGGGAGAUUGAAAUUGCAACUAAGCUUCUGGAGGAUGAUUCAAGUGACCAGGAGGAUCCACUGUAUGCUCGAUACAAGCAACUUCAUUGUGACUUUACGCCUCUUGAAGUUCAUUCAAAAGAGUACUCUAUGAUAAAAACAUAUCUGACGAAUACACAUGGCAAAACACACUCGGGUUAUACUAUUGACAUAUUACAAAUGUUUAAGGUGUCAAGACAUGGUGAAACAGAGCGGUUUCAGAAGUUUGCUAGUGCAGGAAACAGGAUGCUUUUAUGGCAUGGUUCUCGGCUGUCCAACUGGGCUGGGAUAUUUUCUCAGGGUUUGAGAAUUGCUCCUCCUGAAGCGCCUGUUACUGGCUACAUGUUUGGAAAAGGGGUUUACUUUGCCGAUAUGUUCUCCAAGAGUGCAAACUACUGCUAUGCUUCACAAACAUCUAGAUCUGGGGUGCUGCUUCUAUGUGAGGUUGCACUGGGCGAUAUGAAUGAACUACUAAAUGCGAAGUACGAUGCUGAUAACCUGCCCAAGGGAAAACUAAGUACCAAAGGAGUUGGCCAGAUGGCACCAGCGGAGUCGAAGGUCACUGAGGAUGGCGUUGUUGUUCCACUGGGAAAACCCAAAGAGGAACCUUCAAAGAGGGGUAGCUUGCUGUACAAUGAGUACAUUGUUUACAACGUAGAGCAGAUCAGGAUGCGGUACGUGCUCCAUGUUUCCUUUAACUUCAAGGGAGGACGGUAG